GCAGCGCCAAGCUCCAUCACCGAAUGACUCAAAUGCUACUAUGACUGUACAACCCCGCUCACAGGUGCAGCUUUGAAGCGCUUGGCGGAAGAUACUAGUAAAUAAUUCCCUAUAGUAGUUCUACCGUGCUUACCCUACUUCAAUCCGAAUCAAGAUACAAAAGAGAGCUGGAAGAACGUAGGGAGACCGCUCCUCGAAACAAAGCUACCAUCCUCUAACGCAUUCAUUUCAAGUUAUUGUUCUUCCAUUCUUUACUCCAUCCUUACUCCUUAAUCUUAUUACCAACACGACCCCUCAUACUCGGUUUUCUUCCCUCCAGACCAGCAAAUGGAGAAGCUCGACAGCAUACUGAACAAAUACGUCGCCGAGGGCGAGGAUACGGCUGGCAAGCUCCUCGGAGCUGCUUUCAUCGUAUGCAACAAAGAUGGCAUCGUGUACCAGGGAGCAGCAGGCCGAACCACCUUAGCCCCUGACUCACCCAAGUUCGCAGUCGACACCUGGACAUGGGUGGCGUCCAUGAGCAAGAUCAUAACCAUGAUGGGCGUCAUGGCCCUCGUCGAGAAAGGAUCCGUGAGCCUAGACGAUGACAUGCGCUGCAUCGUUCCCGAGCUCGGAAAGCUGCAGCUCCUGAAGGGAUUCACCGACGACGACAAGCCCAUCCUGGAAAACAACACCCGGCCGAUUACUCUCCGACACCUCCUCACCCACGGCGCGGGCAUCGGCACGGACAUCGCCGACCCGGAGCUCAUGAAAUGGUCCCACUCCAUCGGCCGCACCGCCACCUGCCUGGACUACACCAUCGAAGGAUGGAGCGUGCCCAUGAAGUUCCCGCCGGGGGAGGGAUGGUACUACGGCGGCGCGACCGAGUUUGCCGGGCUCGCCGUCGAGCGCAUCACAGGCCAAAACCUCGACGAGUACAUGCGGGAAACGGUGUUCAAACCACUCGGCAUGGAGGAUACCACCUUUUACCGGGAGUCUAUGACUGAUAAGGUGGCUGCGCGCACGGCGCCGUGCAUGAUGCGCAACCCCGAAACUGGUGGGCUCGCCGAGACGGAUUGGGUGGUUCCUGUGCAGCCGGAGUUGUUGAGUUUGGGGAGUGGGCUGUACAUGACGGCGAAGGAUCAUGCGAAGGCGUUGCAGAGUUUGCUUAGGUCGCUUGCCGGUGAGGGUGGUGGACUGUUGAAGAGGGGGACGGUGCAGGAGAUGUUUCGGCCGCAGCUGAGCGAGUCGCAGAGGGCUGUGCUCAAGGCGGUCACGGAUAUGUUUCAUGACAAUAUGGUGCCCGAGUUCCCGCCGGGUAUGCCGCUGGAUCAUGGGAUCAGUGGGAUUAUUAAUCUGGAGGACUGUCUGGGGAAGAGGAGGAAGGGGAGUAUGAUGUGGCAGGGGAUGGCGAAUGGGCAUUGGUGGGUUGAUCCCGAGUCGGGCAUUGCGGCUACGCUCUUCGUCAACGUGAUGCCUCAGGGGGACAAGGUGGUUGUUCAGCUGUAUGAUGAGCUUGAACGGGCGGUUUAUGGGGAUUUAGUGGCGGAUGUGAUGGUUUGCCAAUGAAAGCUGUGGUUAGACCGAGAUUGAGGUGCCAAAGCCUGGCCAGCAGCAUGGAUGCCAGAUUCAGCCAAUGUUAUAAGCAUCCAAGCUCACCAAGCUACCAGCACAUGCAGCCAGCAGGUCUGCUAGGUUCACCGUAAGACAUAUGCACUGGUUGGUUGAAUGUAACCAUGGUAUCUAGUCCCUAGUGCAUAUGCAGUUUUUCUCGGCCCUCUUUUACCCUGAUGGAUAUUGAGGUCAUGGAGCUCAUGUUCAAUAACAUGGCGUGAGGAAUCAUCCGCUGCACGUGGGAGUUCAUGGAGUUGGUAAUUAGACUAUCCGCAUUUAGAUAUAAGAACUACAUGAUUCGUUACCU